UGCUCUACCGGUUGAAGUAGCUUAUUAAGAUGAGGGUAUGAAUCAUAAAUGAGAAGCUGGCCUUCUGCUGAGGACAUCUCUGGAACACCCACACUGCCAUCCACUUUUUUGUUUAUCCAGAGGUAUUAACUGUGUUGCUGGGACGUGAGGUAACUCAGGAAACAUUCCUGCCAUACAGGGCACGAGAGAUUCUCAGAUACUCUUCUACUCAUCAAGAUGGAAAGCUCAGAUUCUAGUGAUAAAGGAAGUAUUGAUCAGUCAGAAGCCCAACGUCAGAGCCAGCUGGAUCGGUUAGAUCGAGAAGAAGCUUUUUAUCAGUUUGUGAACAACCUGAGUGAGGAGGACUACAGGCUUAUGAGAGAUAACAAUUUGCUAGGAACACCAGGUGAAAUUACUGAAGAAGAGUUGCUGAGAAGGCUACACCAAGUUAAAGAAGGUCCGCCACAGCAAAACAGUGAUGAGAAUAGAGGUGCAGAGUCCGCAGAAGAUGUUUCAAAUGGAGAUUCUAUAAUAGACUGGCUUAAUUCAGUCCGACAGACGGGAAAUACGACACGAAGUGGGCAGCGAGGAAACCAGUCCUGGAGAGCAGUGAGCCGGACUAACCCGAAUAGCGGAGACUUCAGAUUCAGUUUGGAAAUAAAUGUCAACCGUAAUAAUGGGAACACGAAUCCAGAAACUGAGAAUGAGCCAUCUGUAGAGCCUUCCAAUGGGGAGGAUUUGGAAAACAGCCAAAGUGACUCUGAAAUUCCAAGGUCUGAAUCACCAUCUGUAAGGCAGCCUGGAUCAGAAAGGAGCAGUGCGGAGGAGCUGACGGCUGAGGAGGCUUCCCCUCCUAGAGGGCAGAGGAGAGCCAGGAGCAGGAGUCCAGAGCAGCGGCGGACGCGGGCUAGGACUGAUAGAAGUAGGUCACCUAUUAAUGCAGUGAGUGAGGCCCCUCGUAGGUCUCAUCACAACACAUCAUCUCAAACACUUGACCAGUCCUCAGCGAGCGAGGCUGAGGGCAGCUCUAGAACCAGGCAGCACGUGACGUUAAGGCAGCACACGGUGGGGACUGAGGUGCCAAGUGAAAAUGCAGUUCUGUUUUCCCCCGCUGAAACGAGGCCCGCUCCUCAAGCGGCAGGUUCUUCGGAAAGCACUGGCGCCAGCGAGUCCACGGCUCCUGGGCAGAGGCCUCCCACCAUAGUGCUUGACCUGCAGGUGAGAAGAGUUCGCCCGGGCGAGUACCGGCAGCGGGACAGCAUAGCCAACAGGACCCGCUCCCGCUCCCAGACCCCCAACAACACGGUCACCUACGAGAGCGAGCGCGGAGGCUUCCGGCGCACCUUCUCCCGCUCCGAGCGGGCCGGAGUGAGAACUUACGUCAGCACCAUCAGGAUUCCCAUCCGGAGGAUCUUAAACACGGGCCUGAGCGAGACCACGUCAGUCGCCAUCCAGACCAUGCUGAGGCAGAUCAUGACGGGCUUCGGCGAGCUCAGCUAUUUCAUGUACAGCGAUAGCGAUGCAGAUCCCGGUGCGCCGGCUCCCAGUCAGAACGCGGAGAGCUCCGAGCCGCAGAGCGGAGGCGGGGGCACCUCGGGCGGUGAGAAUGCAGAUGUUAGCUCAGGGGAGGUGUACGAGGGUGGGCACGAGGCUAGUUCAACAUCUGGUGCCAGGCGGGAAGGCCGGAAUAUGAGGGGAUCGGUCACUUUUGAAGAAAGCAGUUCUCUACCGUUCCUUAGCCUUGCACAGUUUUUCCUACUCAACGAAGAUGACGACGACCAGCCGCGAGGACUCACCAAAGAACAAAUCGACAACCUAGCCAUGAGGAAUUUCGGUGAGAGCGACGCUCUGAAAACCUGCAGCGUGUGCAUCACAGAGUACACGGAGGGCAACAAGCUCCGCAAGCUGCCGUGCUCGCACGAGUACCACGUGCACUGCAUCGACCGCUGGCUGUCGGAGAACUCCACCUGCCCCAUCUGCCGCAGAGCAGUCUUAGCUUCUGGGAACAGAGAGAGCGUUGUCUAAAGGAGAGCUGAGUCGAUGGCCGGGCAGCUGGUGUGAUAGUGAUGGGCAAAGAAGUCACUUCCUUUAUGGCCACUUUUUGAGUGGUACCUCAAUGUAUAGUAAUGACUCGGAGUGAAUCUUCCCUCGUUGAAGCAUUUUCUCUGGAUUCAAGCUUUGGGAAUUGGAAAGUUUCUUUAAUUAGGUUUUUCGAGUUCUAGUCGGUUUGGGUGUUCAAUUUCACUUGUCCAAAGACAUCUCCCCACUUCAAAAUAAUUUUUUUUUUUUUUUUCUUUGUGAAGAGUAUUCAGUUCUUUCUCCUGCCUAGCCCUUGCCAUCCCAGUCCAAUAAACAGUUUGUCCUCAA